GAUUGAGCGAAGCGGAGGAGCGACUACUCGGUUAUCACCGCGACCACCGGACCACUCGGUGAGCGAACGUUCCACGGUGGAAACCAGCUCGCGCUAUUCCUUGGUGCUACGCAGGACAUUCGGAUAACCGACGUUCCCCGCCGAUUCCGCAAGCGGCCAGGCCGAGGCGGCUCGCACCCCUCGCGGAGGGGUGAACGUUUGACCAGGGACGGUGGUGAAAUAUUUUGCAACGGUUCCAAGCGAGGGACAGACAAAUAGGGUGGAGGAUGUGCUAACGCAGGUCGGGCCAGAGGGGUUCGAUCGCGUGAGUGCCGGAUUUUAGUUGAUCGCAGGUGAAUGUUUGAUGAGUGCCGGUGACGACAGAUGUGUUUGGCUCCCGUGUCACGUUCACCGUCGUCGGUCGCGAGGCGUGAGCUGCUUCUGACAGCCGCGAGAUCGGUGAUAGAGUAACAGUCGUUGGACAACGCAACGAGAAAAGAUGAUCGGACCGGUCAAGACCUGUCAGCUCCUGUUCGUCUUCCUCUGCUAUCAAGCGUUCAGCCACAGCUUGAUGCCGGAUGAAGAGAAGGAGCCGACUUAUCUGAACGCUGGGGUCGGAGAGUACGAGGUGUUCAACUGCGAUCUGGAUUUCCCGCACGAGAUUCCCAUCCCGUAUAUGCUCCAAUGGAACCGUGACGGUCGGACGAUCUUCGCGCUGCACGCCGGGAAUGCGUGGGUGGCUCCGGACUACACGGGUCGGCUGCACCUCGUGGAAGACGCCGUGACCCGGGGUUAUGGGCAGGGCAGCGUGAACCUGACGAACAUACGCGAGAGCGAUCAAGGCUGGUACGAGUGCAGGGUGAUAUUCCCGAACAGGACGCCGAACUCGAGGAACAACGGGACCUGGUUCCACCUCGGCAUAGAUGGUGCGUCGCCGUUUCCGACGUCUGUUCCAGGCGAAACUUUGCUGGCGGUUCCGCCCGUCAACAAAACUGUGAUGGAAGGAGAGUCGGUUAUCUUCGACUGCGUCGCAAAGGGAGAGAAGACCGUCGUCAGCUGGCUCCGCGAUGGCGUGCAAGUUACAGAAAUCGGGGACAUGAAGAGGAGGGCGUCGAUCGCCGAAGAUGGAACGUUGACCAUCAUCUCAGCAGCCAUGGGCGACCUCGGGGAGUACACCUGCGUGGCGACCGGUGAACACGGAGACGAACAAUCCGCGUCGGCCUUCCUCAACGUUCAAUACAAGGCGAAGGUUAUCUACGCUCCCCGUGACGUCUACCUCCCCUACGGAAAACCAGCCCUCCUCGACUGUCACUUCAGGGCUAAUCCACCCCUGACGAACCUCCGUUGGGAGAAGGAUGGAUUUCUUUUCGACCCGUACAACGUCCAGGGCGUCUUCUACAGGAGGAACGGCUCUCUAUAUUUCAGCAAAGUCGACGAGACUCAUUCCGGAAGCUACACAUGCACCCCGUACAACGAAUUGGGCACCGAGGGGCCCAGCCCUGCAAUCACAGUGAUCGUGCAAAGGCCUCCAGUGUUCACGGUUACCCCGCAACAUCUGUACAUAAGGAAGCUAGGAGAGAAUCUAGAGAUUCCCUGCGACGCUAGGGACGGAGAUCAAUCGCACCGGCCGUCUAUUGUUUGGUACAAGGAUGGCUCGCCAGUGCCACCGGGAAACAGGACAAUCGUAAUUGGUGGGAAUUUAACGAUAGACAGGAUUCAGGAACAGGACAGGGGGUUGUAUCAAUGCGCGGCUAGCAAUGAAGCUGCGACGGUAGUUGCAGACACGGAGUUAAUGGUUCUGAACGUUCCACCGAGGGCACCGUAUAAUCUGAGUGCUAACAGUAGUAACAACGCUGUCACGUUGACUUGGGUGCCAGGAUAUGUUAGACCCAAGAUGGAGUACUCGGUUUGGUACAGACCAACGGAUACGACCGAAUGGAGAACGAUGAAGAUAUUAUCAAGGAAGAUAACCGAGGCGACCGUGAACAAUCUGAACCCAGGACGAGAAUACGAGUUCAUGGUGCUCAGCCAGGACAAGCACGGGGACGGGAUGUUUAGUAAAACCUUGCGCGUUUUCACGCGACCAGAUUCGAUGAACGAGAAUUCAGCGUCGGAGUAUCGCAGCCCUCCGGAUGACCGAAUGGGUCCACCGUCGAACGUGAGGGUGCAGGCGACCGCGCAGGGUUAUUUAGUGACCUGGGAACCACCUGCGUAUGGAAAGGAACAAGUGAGACUGUACACGGUGAGAUGGUUCCGAGGGCCGUCCGAACGAUUGUACGGAAGAGCGGAAACGACAGACACUUACUACCUAGUUAAAAACCUAGAAGAGGAGAGUUACUACACGUUCGAGGUUGCCGCGAUGUCGGUUUCCGAUGACGUUGCGACGAGCGAGCGUAUCAGUCUCGAAGUGCCGGCGUAUCGUAGGAACAGAGCAAUUUCUAUGGGGAUAGUAGCCGGCAUCGGAUUCUUGGCAGCGGCUCUGGGCGCCAUAUGGUGGGCGAGGAAACGGUUUUGUCAAUCUCCGAACGAGAAAUAAUAAACGAUUCUCGAGGAGUUCAUAAUUGGACCAGCCAGGGCGACCUAACCAGCGACAUAGUCAUUUGGAAUGAACUGUUUCGCUCUUCUACUUUCGAACAUCCCGGAGUUCUAAUCGAUACAGCGACUGUGUCUAUAAAAAUAUUCGUUUCAAUUGUUCUUCGCCAGAUUCGGAAAUUAAUCAGGCGACUGAAUGCACCGGAGAAGCUGGGCAAUUGUGUGACAUGUUACUACAUGUACGACCGACUGGCUGGAGAGACGUUGUAUAUGGAACGGUGACCAUUUACUGGGUUUACGUAUACAAGUUACUACUACGAGUGUUCUUGCAUUGCAUGGUGUCACAUUAUGUAUCGUUUAAAAGCUUUAUUAGAUAAGUGCACGUUUAUUAAGGAUUAGUUCUGGCAUUUGAUCAUUAUUCGGCUGCCAAGGAGGGUACGGGUUCUUAACCCCGGCCAAAUGUAACGAAGCGUUUAACGGGAUAGAUGACUCGGCCUAGGACCAUUAUUAUUAUAUACGUACACACAUGUAUACAUCCGAUACGUUUUUCUAUUGUAAAUAAAUUGUGUCGAUUACUAUGGAGUCAGAAUUCCAUCGACUUUCAAAUUACUA